AGAGGGCGGACGUGCGAGGGAGGAGGAGGAGGAUGCUGUUGCCAGGAAACAGGAGGGACGUCCAUCACUUCUGGCUCGCAGGCGGCGGUAAACACGCGAAACCGCGGCUCUGGAACUAGAACGAACGUGAGAGAGGGGAGCGCAGCUGACGAUGACCCGGGGCCUGGCGCGCAGCUGAAGCAAAUCCGAGCGAGCAGAGGCGGGCUGGGUUGCAUAAUCAAAACACAGUUGCCAUCCGGGUGACAUCAUCAUCAUCAUCGUCGUCGCGGGAUUAGAGCCUGGGCCAUGGUUCUUUCCCGGCCGAGGCCACAAGGACGGAUCGACACCAGCAUGGAAAAAGUCUCGCUGAGGAGGUCGUCUUAAUUACAGUCUUCAGCUGAGUCCUCUGUCCGAAGAUGGGGUCCGUGCGCAUGGACAGCAUGGAGGUCAAAGAUGAAUGGCAGGACGAAGACUUCCCAAGGCCUCUUCCAGAGGAUGGCGACUCGACGUGCGGCCUCACCGACAGCAGGAGCCACCCUCCCAGCAGCCUGAAGGUGGGCGAGUCGGCCGCCCAGCGCAAGCGUCGCACCCUGACCGCGCCCGACAUGAACCUGUCGCUGGACCAGAGCGAGGGCUCGGUGCUGUCCGACGACUUCCUGGAGACGCCGGACGACCUGGACAUCAACGUGGACGACAUCGAGACGCCGGACGAAACCGACUCGCUGGAGUUCAUGAACAACGGGAACGAGUUGGAGUGGGAAGACGACACUCCUGUGGCCACCGCCAAACGUCUCCCUGGAGAAGGAGAGGAGGAGAGGGACUCGUCCGGCCGUCUGUGGCGCACGGUGAUCAUCGGUGACCAGGAGAAGCGGAUCGACAUGCAGGUCAUCAGGCCGUACCUCAGGGUGGUCACGCACGGAGGUUACUACGGUGAAGGCCUGAACGCCAUCAUCGUGUUUGCAGCCUGUUACCUGCCUGACAGCAACUGUGAAGAGUACGCCUACAUCAUGGAGAACCUCUUCCUGUACGUGGUGAGCAGCCUGGAGCUGCUGGUGGCCGAGGACUACAUGAUCAUCUACCUGAACGGAUCCACCCCUCGCAGGAGGAUGCCCGGGAUCAGCUGGCUGAAGAAGUGCUACCAGAUGAUUGACAGGAAGCUGAGGAAGAACCUCAAGUGUCUGAUCAUCGCUCACCCGAGCUGGUUCAUCCGGACCGUGCUGGCCAUCUCAAGACCCUUCAUCAGUGUUAAGUUCAUCGAGAAGAUCCGCUACGUCCACACUCUGGAGGAGUUGAGUCAGAUCGUCCCCAUGGAGCACGUUCAGAUCCCGGACUGCGUGCUGCAGUACGAUGACGAGAAGAUCCAAGCCCAGCGGGAGAGAGUAUCUCUGACCUCCAGGCUGCAGCAGGAGCAGCUCGGCUCGUCUGCAUCUAAAGAAAGGCCGAAGUCCAUGAUGGCAGAACUGGGCCCAGACAUUGGACAUUAAGGGCCACGCCUCCUGCUGCGUCAUGUUUCCUCAGCACACACAUCAGGUGGUUCUUCAUCAUCAUCCUCCUCGUCCUCCUGCACUCGCUGUUAUGUAAAGCUCAGCUGCUCUGCUCUUUAAGAGGCUCGCACACUUAUCAAUUCUAUUUUUUGAUCCUGCCACUCCUGUAAUCGGGUGAAGCAGGUUGGGUUAUUUUAGAAGCCCAAACCCUCACCACCACCACCACACCCCCUCCCCCGCCGAGCUGCGUUCCUCUCCACCACCCAUAUAUCACCUGAGACAUCUGGAUGACAUCUGAGGAAUGGACACGAGCCCCAUCUCCUGACUGAGAGCCAGACGACCGCUGACCUUCUAUAGAUUAUAUAACCAGCACCAAAUAUGAAGAGCAGUUUGCCUGGAUGAGGCUUCUCGAUCUGAGGCCUUAAGUUCAAAGCAAAAUACAGUCGGAUUUUUAAAGCCCUUUGAGAUAACUGCUUGAAUAGUGUUUUUUCCCCCAGUGCAGAGCUUUUAACAAAGUGGAUUCAAUGUUGAAGAGCUCACCUGCUGCUUGUGAAACACCUGGCAGCCGACCUGAGACAAUCAUGGCGUCCAUUUCCAUCCCAGUGUUGUGUGCAUAGAGACGACUGGUUUUUACGGCCUGGAAGCUUUCUGGCAACACCUGAGGGGAGAUCCGGAAACCCUGACCCAGCAUCUCCAGCCGUCAUCUGCUUCUGAGUCACGAUCAGCUGCAUGCGUUUCAUCGCGGUUCAGGCGUCUUCAGGUGCAGAGUGAAGCGUGUACGUAGCCGUGACAUGCCAGCGUGUCCUGGGCUUCCUGUGGUUGUUCCUGAGGCAGGGUGGCAUGCUUGUUGAUAUCCCUCUGGUGUUCAUGUUGUGGAUUUACUGUUGUAUAUCAAGAGGAUACGUGGUUAUUUAUGGAAACGUGCCAUUUCAUGUUUGUAAAAUAAAUACAUGGGAAGCAGCUGCAAAGUUUUAUUCCUUCUGGAAUCCAGGUCAGACACAGCAAAGGUGAGUGGUGAGAGUCACCUGCUGAUCUGUUCAAUCACUCAGACCUUCACGGUGACUUACGUUUAAGUUUAUAGCGACACUAAACAGAAAGAAGUGGACACAGGUAUUUGAACAGCUCAUCAUGAAACACUCCCUAUAUUGUUUCAUAAUCAAACUGUGAAAAGCUUUAUGUUUAUUGAAUACAUUUGACUUAAAAUUUUAAAUUAA